AUGGAGAAAGCGGUGGAGAAUAUGUGGGCAUCUAGUGUAUGUGCUGGUGCGGAGAUGCAGACAUAUGGCUUGGCUAUCACACGUUUAAAAUCCCUUUUGACCAUUAGCAUGAGUGGUGAUCGCACUUCAUGGCUUUUCACCACUAUUUCCGCCACUGUGCGGUUGAUUUAUGAAUCAAUUCCUGUGAUGAUGACACUCGGUGAUAAUUCUAUUAAUGUAGAUAGUAUUUAA